CACGGUACCAGUUGUGGGCGUGGCAUUCAUCAGCUGACAGCGGCAUUUAAACAAUCAGCUGUUGUUUGUGACGUCCCCCCACACAAUCGAACGUGGAAGAUUAAGAAAGGGGGACAAAAAGUCCGUUUAGUGAGCCAGAGAGGGGAGUGCGAUGUAUUUGUGAACUAAGAUGGACCGCUGGAAGAGUCAUGUGCGUGCUCGACUGCAACUCAGAGACCAAGCGGAGAAACUUCCUUACGAGGGCGUAUAUACAAGCUUGUCUCAGUUAGAAGAACGCUUUGAAGUUCGCCAGCAGUUUUUAGUCCAGGCAACAAGCUCUGAGGGUGGAGUUGAAGUUGAGAACAUCAGAUUACUUCAACUCGGCCUUCGAGAAAGCGAGCAUCUCGCUGAAAAGGUUUUGGGUUUUGUGUCUCCUCAGCUGUCCCAGACAGUCUCGGACUUGACGACUGUCCUGCAUCUGAAAGAUGCUGAGCUGCAGCACUGGCAGUCACGUGUGUGCCAGCACCGCCAAGAGGCUCUCACUCUGGCUAAAGCAAGCAAUGCCCUAAAGGCAAGCCUGAACCAACACGAGUACACCAUCGAGCGUCAGACUAAAGAGCUGGCCGCCCUGGACGUGGAGCAGAGGAGCCUGACGGAGGCACUGUCACAGGCUUGGAGCGAGAAGGAGGAUCUCCUACGACGGUGGAUGGAAGAGAAAAAGGAAGAGGCAGACCGGCUGAAUAAGUACAACGACGCGCAGGAGAGGUGGCAGCGUGUGGCCAGGCACCUGAGGAGGCACCUGUACAGGAAGAAGACCAGCGAGCCCAUCGCGAGCAGCUCUUAAGUGUGAAAUUAAUAUGCAAUUUGCACGCUCAUAGUGGUUGGCAGCAACGUGGUCUGCCUCACAGUCGAGAAGUCCCUGGUUUGAAUCUCACCUAGGACUUUCCAGUUUGGAGUUUGCAUGUUCUCCACAUGCAAGUUAAGUUCAUAGAAGACUCUUGAUUUUAGGUUAUCGAGGAGUUAAAGUCAGAUCAACAAUAUCUAACAGAAAUUUAUUAUAGUCUUUGACCACGAUGAUAAUACAGUAAGAAGUCCGACCUCAUCAAAGUACCAUUUUCACCUUAUUACACAUCCGAUGAUGUCACAGUGCGUUGCCCACAGUCAGCCUAUUUUGCAACCGUCUCACUGCUUUUUUUGUUUUGUUUUUUUUUUCCCUUUUGCCUCAAACAGCAAUUUUCCAGGUAAUUUCUCAUUGGUUUUGAUUUACCACAAGCGUAUAUAAUUUGAGUAAAACGAUUGACCGCCUUUUAACAGGCUUAAAGUGACUGAGAAAACAAGAUUUAAUCCUUUUAAUCAGGUG